CGCUGCAAUGGCGGAGAGAAAGAGGAGAAGGGCAUAAAGCCGGGCUGUUGCUGCGGCUACCACUUUAGGGGAGAUCGCUUCAAUGUCAGGGUGCAGAAUGGAGGCGGAUUACCCCGCCUUUGAGAACCCGCUCUGCAGCGAGCUCAAGCACAUUUGCAAAAGGAUCAAAGAGACCUAUAAGGAGAUCAAAGAAGAUCUAACUCCUUACAAGGAUGAUCGUUACUACAGGUUGGCCCCAAUGCGAUUGUACACGCUAUCCAAACGGCACUUUGUCUUGGUCUUUGUCGUGUUCUUCAUUUGUUUUGGUGUAACUGUCUUAAUAGGCAUAGCAGGUCCCAAUGUCAUUGAUGCCAUUGUAGACGCAGCUCCGCCAAGCAAUGGUCCUGAGAUAAGAAAAUUUAAUUUAAGUUCACAGUCAUUAUCUACUUAUAAUCAACAGUUGUGGCUAACAUGUAUAAUACAGAUGGAUCCACGUGAUAACUUGAAAGUUGCGACAGUGUCCUUGAAUAUGUUGGUUAGAAUAAAUGGUGUAAUAGAGAAUGCAAGUGUAAAAUACUUCAACAAGGAAGUUCACAACCGGACAAGAACUCUCAACUGUGCAGAACAAUGUGCUGAAAUUAUUGUGGUUCAUCUUGGCUACCUGAACUAUACUCGCUAUGAUAUCACUGUUGCCUUUGAAAACCUCCCUCCGGCUUACCACAUCAAGAACUUCAUAUGGAAAACCUAUAACCCAGCUUUCUCACAAGUGGAAAUCUGGUUCCGAUUUGUCUUUGUCGUUCUUACAUUCAUAGUCACAUGUCUUUUCGCACAUUCCUUGAGGAAGUUCUCCAUGAGAGACUGGGGAAUAGAGCAAAAAUGGAUGUCUAUCCUCCUUCCUCUGCUAUUGCUUUAUAAUGAUCCAUUUUUCCCUCUCUCAUUCCUAAUUAACAGUUGGUUUCCUGGAAUGUUAGAUGAUCUCUUUCAGUCACUGUUCUUGUGUGCGUUGCUGCUGUUCUGGCUCUGUGUCUAUCAUGGGAUACGAGUGCAGGGAGAAAGGAGAUGCUUAACAUUCUAUUUUCCAAAGCUCCUUAUUGUUGGUCUUUUGUGGUUGGCUUCAGUUACGUUAGGAAUAUGGCAGACUGUCAACGAACUCCAUGAUCCAACAUAUCAGUAUGGGGUUGAUGCAAGUAAUUUUCAGGGGAUGAAAAUCUUUUUCCUUGUGGUGGCUACUGUGUACAUUUUGUACCUCUUGUUUCUGAUAAUCAGGGCAUGCUCUGAACUUCGUAACAUGCCCUAUGUUGAUCUUAGGCUAAAAUUCUUGACUGCAUUGACAUUUGUGGUGCUUGUAAUUAGCAUUGCUAUACUGUAUCUGCGAUUUGGAGCACAAGUUUUACAGGACAACUUGGUGGCUGAACUUUCAACUCACUACCAUAACUCUGCCGAGUUCUUGUCCUUCUAUGGCUUACUGAACUUCUAUCUCUACACAUUAGCCUUUGUGUAUUCACCAUCCAUAAAUGCCUUGUAUGAGUCUCAGUUGAAAGACAAUCCUGCCUUUUCCAUGCUGAAUGACUCAGAUGAUGAUGUGAUUUAUGGGAGUGACUAUGAGGAAAUGCCACUUCAGAACGGUCAAGCCAUCAGAGCUAAAUUCAAGGAAGAAUCAGACAGCGAUUAAGUGUGUAUACUGUACAUUAACUGUGUAAUAUAAAAACAGAGCAAUUGUGACUUCUCCCCCAUGUUUCUCCUAUGUUAAUUGAUGAUUGAGCAUAUUUUUCUAUGGCGGGACUUACCAUUUCUCCUUUUCUGUUUACAAAAACCUGAAAUGGAAUGGAAAACUCAUUUUUGGAAGAGAUUUAUUUUAAAUGACUACUAUGAAUAUUGGAAAGACUUGUGAUUGAAAGUUUUCAGAACAGGUUACUAAAUCAAAGAUGCUUCAGAGGUCUUAAUUCAUUGUGAAUCGCUCAUUGAUAUCCCCAAAUGAAAUCAGCUCAGUUCAGAGUAAUUUAUUUUGAUUGUUGCAAAAACGGGUUGGAGGGAAUGCCUCUUGCACCAUCCUUUUUUAUCCCAAAUUCUAUUCAAAGAUGGCACUUUUUUCUUCUGGGGAACCUUGGAGUCUGUAAACAAAAAAAAAAGUGUGAUACCUUAGAACCAGAGUGAUAGAAAACAAUGUGCAAAUUUUCAAGUUCUUCAGAACAUUGACCUGUAUGCUGAAUAGAGGCUUUUGGAGAACCUGAAAGUUUGCACACUGUUCUUUGUUACCUUUUAUUAAGACCAACAAAAGUAUUAAUUUGUUUCUGGAUUUUGCUUUGAUCAGAUGUGGCUACCUGUAUCUACAAUGUGUUUCUAUUUCAGGGAUGAAGAGAUGGCAAGUAAGAAUCAUGUUUAUAUUUCACUCAGUACCUAAGUUCAUCAGAUUAGGGCACUUAAUGAGUUGCUGACUUUUGUUAGGUACAAUUCCUUUUGUUAUCAGUGUGGUUGUACUUGAGGGCAAAAAAGGCUGUAGAAAGGAGAUUCCAAGGCCAUUAUAUCUAAAAAGGUAGAUCACAGAUGUCAGUGAAAAACACAGCAUUGUACCUCAGCAUCUCCUGUUUAAAAAAAAUCUAAUACUGGUUUUCUUAUAAAAAGGUGCAAUUUGAAAUUUAUAUACAUAUUCCAUUAAACUCUCUAGAUCAGCUUUCUAAAUGGGGAUUUAACUCUAGAUAGGUAACCAGGUUAAUCUAUGGUAGGGAAAGUCAAUCAGGACACUAGUGGCACCUUGGAGACUAACUUACAUCUCAUGAAUUGAGCUCUAACUCAUGAAAGCUUUUGUUAGACUCCAGAGUGCCCCUGGACUCCUGUGUUACUUAAAAAGUUUGGUGUUUAAUAAUCAGAAAGAUAGAAACAAAUACAUAAUAUAACGUGGAUGUGUGAACGAGUGUGAAAUAUCUGGGAAGGUAAUUUUUACGCAGUUGGAUCCAGCAGUCAUGGAUAUUUCUUGUCCCCUUCUCUCUCUGUACCCCUACCCCAGUAAUCCUUUUCAGCUCUGGGAAAAUGCAUCUACCACCAAAUUGGAUCUUCCCUGAUUAACUAUGAAUUAAAUUCUGUGAUCUGCCAGCAUGAGGUGUUUUCCCUUGUUCCCUUCACUCCAGCAGUUCUUUCUGAACUCAGGAAAGUUGAUUCCUCAACUUAUAGGAUCUGCUUAAAUGAAUAAACAUAUGUGGGGGACUGCAUAGAAAGUGGGAAGGAGUGAAAGUGCCUUGUCCUCUGUCUUCCCAGUCAAUGGAGCUCUGCUGACAAAAGAGACAGGGGGAUUGAUCCCCCCCCCCCCCCGCCCACACACACACCUCAGCACAGCCCACUGACCUGCAUAGUUAUUAGUCCAGGCAGAUCUUGCAACCUUAAGAAUUCACUUUCCUAAGGAUGGAAGG